CGCUGCACUUGUUCUUCUCAUUCCACCAAAUUGGAGUUAAGAUUCAAGUUAUAUUGAUCGUAAACAAGAGCGUAAAUGGCUACUCGUCAAGCAAUGUCUAUCUGCGCUCCCAUGAUAUCCGUCUUCCCUCACCGCCCGAUGAUCGUUGCUGACGUCGAGCAGUGUGACCGACGGUCGUUCGGGCGAACUCUGCAGGUCCGAUCAUGCAGUGCCACUAGUCAUGUAGCUCCGUUGCGGAGGUCGGGGAAUUAUCAGCCAAGCCUAUGGACGGACGAGCGUCGGCAAUCCCUCACGAACACCUCCACGGUGCAACAAGAAGAGAAACGCGAGAGAAUAAAAGUACUGACGGAACAGACAAGGAAUCUAAUACGCGAGAAGCAGCGAGUUGCAGAGCAGCUUCAACUGAUCGACCACCUGCAACAGCUCGGAGUGGCUUACCACUUCAAAGACGAGAUUGCAGACGUUUUAAGUCGUCUUCACGCUUCUUUAGACCACGUGAGCUCGCAGCUGAAGGACGAUCUGCACGCCACAGCGCUGCUGUUCCGGCUCCUCAGAGCAAAUGGCUUCUCUGUUUCACAAGAUUUGCUCGAGACAUUUAGAGACGAGAAGGGAAACUUCGAAGCUCGCUGUGAGAAUCAGAUCAGAGGGCUUCUGAGUCUGUACGAAGCUUCUUACCUCGAAAAGGAAGGAGAGACUUUGCUGAAGGAAGCCAUGGAUUUCGCAACCAAGCAGCUGAAAGGAUUCAUGGAGGAGGGAUCUGUUCCUGAGACUGGCGGUCUCAGAGAACAGAUGGCCCAUGCGCUGCAACUUCCACUGAAUUGGCGGUUGGAGAGAGUGCAGCACAGGUGGUUCAUUGAAGCAUGUAGCAGUGGCGACAACAACAUUAACCCUCUCCUUCUGGAGUUUGCUAAGCUCGACUUCAAUCUGGUUCAGGACAUGUACAAGAGUGAACUCAGAGAGCUCUCCAGAUGGUGGUCAGAGCUCGGGCUUCCAGAGAAGCUGCCAUUUUUCAGAGAUAGAUUACUCGAGAACUACACGUGGGCACUUGGUUUCUCUUAUGAACCAGAUAGUCGGAGAUGCAGAAUGAUUGAAGCAAAGGCAUGCAGUAUGUUUAAUUGCAUUGUAUGAUGAUAUUUACGAUGUCUAUGGAACCCUGGAUGAACUCCAGCUCUUCACUGAUGCCGUCAACAGAUGGGACUUAACUGCCAUGGACAAGCUUCCAGAGUACAUGAAAUUAUGUUUCUUUGCCAUCUUCAACUUGGUGCACGAAGAAGGCUAUCGUGUGAUGAAGGAGAAGGAAUUAGACAUUGUGCCUGACUUAAAGACAGCAGUAAAUUAUAAAAUUUCA